AUGGCAGAUGAAUCUGAUUAUUCGGUCACGGGCUUUGAUAGCAUCGAUGAGUCGGACGUCUCCCUCGAGGGUUUUGAUGUUCUUGAUCACCAAGAUGUUGCUGAAUUUAACACAGCCAACAUUUUGCCGCAAGAAGAAGCGACUGUCAAGAAAAUCAGGAUCUGGCUCAACGCCACACAAUACGCAGGCGAUGGCAGCGAAUACCAGAGACACUGCUCAUCGCACUUGAAGGGCACCAGUCAAUGGGCCCUUACUUCCCCUGAAUUCAAGCAAUGGCAUGAGAGCCACGUGCAUGGCAUCCUAUGGGUGCGAGGGAUCCCUGGAUCUGGUAAAUCAGUUCUCGCUUCAGCAUUUAUUACGCAUUUAUUGAACGAGGGUCCUGUUAUGUACUUCUUUUUUCGCCAUUCAAUUGAAUCCAAUCGUCGCCCAGAAGCGGCGAUCCGGGACUGGCUAUCACAAAUCUUGACGUCAAGUCCGCCUCUGCAGCUUGCAUUGACGAAGGAAAUAUCCAAGCCUGUGGAGUCGCUGACGGCAGAAAGGCUGUAUGAAUUGCUGCAACUGGCGCUGGAGAAUCUUCCCAGAGCCUUUUGUGUGGUUGAUGCUUUGGAUGAAAUGGAUCAUGUCGCCCUCCAAUCUUUUCUCAAAAUUCUCGACCAACUGGGCAACGUCCGCCCCAAGGAACUGAAGGUUAUAAUGACCAGUAGGCCCAUUGUCAACAUACAGCAAAGUAUGAGGGGAAUCAAGCUGCUCGAUAUUCGUCUUGAGAAAAGCCUCAUCGAACCUGACAUCUUGGCUUAUAUCCAGCACAAGCUUGCUGAAUCCCACUUGAGCCCUGAGAGUCAUCCCAGAGUUGUGGAAAGCAUCUUGCACAAGUCUGGUGGACUGUUCCUUUACGCAAAAUUAGCCAUUGAAGCUAUUGCAGAGGUGAAGAGCGAGCCUGAUGCUCUGGAGACUCUCGAAAGGCUACCGGCAGAUUUAUCAGCCGUAUACAAAGAGCUGUUGAAAGAAAACCUCGAGCGAACGGACCACUCCGCGGAGCUCCAAAUGCUGGUAUUGCAGCUUGUCACACAUGCAACUCGACCCUUACGCCUCCUUGAGAUUUCAGACUGUAUCAAAGUCACUCAGCCUCAUUACGGUGAUGACAGUGGGAAAAUCAAAGACGCUGUGCGAUCUGUCUGUGGAUCUCUCCUAGAGAUUCUUCCAGACGAGACAGUGUGCAUCAUUCAUCACUCUCUUGUAGAAUAUCUUUUGGCGAUCGAUGCAGGCGAAGAAAGAGAGUCUCCCGUGAUCGACUCGGGGCCGACGCACGAGCUAUUAGCACGCCUUUGUAUUUUAUAUUUGACGUCGGGCUGCUUGGAGCUUGUCAAGAUUAUAAUGGGCUUCUUGGGGGAAGAUAUGACCCUCGAGCGUGGACAAAUCUUUGCCCCUCUCACGAGGUACGCGGCGUGUAACUGGUUCAUACACCUGAAAAAGGCUAUUGCCUAUGGUUUCAACUCGCAUGAUACUCUAGAGGCUCUAUACAAGCUACUUGUUCUAAGUGGAGAGCAGAAUGCAGCGAAACUAACAGUACUUGCAAAGCUUGGGACGGUAGGCCGUCAAAACAAUGGAGAACCUUUGGCGCCCGAGGUUCAAGCUUUGCACCUUGCUGUUGAGUUGGAGUUGAUAGACCUGGCUACUAUCAUCCUUAAACAUCACGGCGACAAAACACUGAGUUAUGAUGGUGGCCGUGAUAACGAGCCUCUCUUGCAUCAUGCGGUGGCCAAAGGCAGCGAGGAUAUAGUUCGUUUGUUUAUCACACAUGGAGCCCAGCUGAACCAGCAUAAUAGCCGCGGUUAUACACCUCUCCACAUAACUGCUGGUCUUGGAUACGGACGACAGGAAAUGAGUACUCGGAGCAAUGCCAAAGUGGCUCGUGUUCUCCUUGAGGCUGGUGCUAACCCAUGGAAUUCUCUUGGCAAGGACAAGCACGUAGACGAUAUGAGUUUCGGGCGUCCACAGCUGCCAUCCAUACAAUUCGUCUUUGGGAGGAGUGAUGAGGCAAUGGCAGAAGCGUUCAGUCCCUUCAUCAGAGAUACUGACGGCGCUUCACAGGCCCUUGGCUGGGCAAUUCAUGGGGGUCGAAACUCGAAGAUUAUUCGAAUGAUAUUGGGACACCCUUGCACGGAAAUUAAUGCAAAGAAUCAAAGAGAUGCUGGAUUCUUCGCCAUGACACCUCUCUAUGCAGCGUGUACGCUGCGAGAUCCGAAGAUGAUAAGUAUUCUUCUCGAUGCUGGGGCCGAUCCAAACAUACCCCAUAGGGAAGAGUUUCCUGCAAAGUCUGAUCCUUCCCUGCCUGGAUACAAUGCAUUGCACGCAAUUGCAAAUCCUUAUAGUAAUACUAGACUCCACGGUUACAAGUUGGAUAAAAUAAAGAAUGAGGCAACGAUCGAGUGCUUCAAAUUGAUCAUUGCAGCUGGCGGAAACGUCAAUCAAGUUGGCCAAAAAGCUGAAACUCCACUUCAUGUGUCUCGAGACCCUGUUUCAGUGAUAUGUCUUCUGGACGCAGGGGCAGACCUUGAUGCUGUGGACUCCAACGGAUAUACCUUGCUGCAACGGACUUCUAAUCUGAAGAUAAUUGAAGCUCUACUUCCUCGUAUUGAUGUCAACGCUGUAGUCUCACCCUCGGGGCAAAGACUCCUGACGCGGGCGCUGGUGGAAAAGGACGUGAACUUUUCUAUUAAGCUGCUCGACCAAGGUGCCGAUGCGACGAUACUUGACCAUAAGGGCAACAGUGUUUUACAUCUUGCCGCGAAGAUUCCAGGAAUCGAAACGAUGCCUAAUCGCAAGCUGCUCAAUAAGUUGAUCGAGGGAGGUGCAGAUCCAAACAUUCGUAAUUCGGAUGGGAAGACGGCAUUGCAACUGGUGGUCAAUUCCUUCUACUUUGAUGAGACGAAAUUUACGGCUUUCCUCGACGCUAUAAAUCCCGAUCUUGAAAGCAGGGAUGAAAAAGGCAGAACAAUUACUUUUGCCUUCCUCGACGAAUGGGAUUCUCAGAGAGAAAACUACGCCUUGUCCUUCCUUGCCAUUAUGCUUGAGCGUGGUGCACGCUUUGAUGUGACGGACAAUAAAGGUCGAACACUCCUCCACGUUGCAAUCCGGCUCUGUGUGACUAGCGGGAAUUUACUUAAAUUCCUUGUAGAAAAAGGGGUUGAUCCACAGCAGCCUGAUCUUGAAGGAAACACAAUUUGGCAUGAGGGGGCACGUUGGUUUCCAGGCCGGGCAGUACGACAACAAGUCUUCAUGGACCUACAGGAGCUCGGAGUGAGUUGUAAUUGGGGAAAUAGCCAUGGAGUACUUCCGUUUCAUGUUUUGUGCCGUUUCAAGAAGGCACUGCCUCGAUCUCCGAGUAGCCAGGAAUGGCCGUGUGCCUUUGACAUCCUACGAGAGACGAAUCCGGAGGUCAUAAACAGUACAGACAACGACGGAGUUUCACCUUUGCACAUCACCUCAACAUGUUCUACGAAUCUUACAAGGAGACUUCUUGAACUUGGCGCCGAUAUCACCCAGACAACGCAUGAGAAAUUAACAGUCUUCCAUCUGGCUGCGCGCUCAAGGCAGGUCGAUGUCAUAUGGCUCCUUAUUGAUUGGUUCAGGACCAAUCGAGAAGACCGAAAUUGGAAUGAAUUUCUGAAUGCAAGGGACGUUAUGGGUCGAACAGCUUCAUACUACGCAUGUGCUUCCGGUAGCAAUGAAGUCGUCCAGGUCCUUCUUGAUGAAGGUGCAGCUGCCAACACAGAGACAUUCAUCGGGUCGACAUGGAAUGGCGUUGCUGAUUUUGAGGAAGAACAAAAGAAUUGGAUCCGAAAAUCUUCUGGCUCCAGCGUCCACCACGACAACCCCUUUUAUAAACAAGAUGCUGGAGGAGUUCUAAUCUCUGACAAUCUCCGGCCAAAACCUGAGGGCAUCGAAUCGAAUCACUACCCAGCAAAGCAAAUCGACAAGGUCGUCAAUAUCCUUAUUGCCGGAGGGUCAAGAUCUGACAUUGCACUCAUUGAUAAAGCCAUUGUAUCAGCCUCCCAGAAGAAGAAUGAACAUACAGUCAAAUGUCUAGAGGAUGCUCGUACUUCUUUGAUCGCGGGGCUCGAAACACAAGACGGCAUCGGAUCUGAAGAUCUUGACAGUUUUGGAUUGUUGCAAAGCAUCAUCCCUGGGUUGUUGGAAGAAAUGUCUCUUGAGGAGAGAGAUGCCAACAUACACCAAAAAUUGUUAGGUGUCAUCGACGAAGGAGAUGUGGAAACCCUCCGUCGAAUACUUUCCACAGGUCAGGUCAACGCCAAUUUGCGCACGCUGGGCAAGGAAGUUUGGUCAUGGUCCUCGGCUGAUAAAAGAAGCGUGAGACCUGCAAGACCCGACCCCAACACGAAGAGCGAGCUUUACGUGCUCGACUAUUUAGUCACGUGUGACUCUCGGAAGCAGAAUGAUUACCACGUGGCCAUUGGCAAACGAAUGUUUAGCCUCUUACUGGAAUAUGGAGCCGAUCUCAAUAGCAGAUAUGAGAGUAAAACACUGCUACACCGCAUACUAGAGAGGAGAGGAAUUUACGGUCAAGUGUAUAGUGGUGAAAACCCAUACCUGGAUCUGAUGCUCAAGCACCCCAGCCUAGAUAUCGAGGCAACAGAUGGAACUGGCGCGACACUGUUUUUGAGAGCAUGUGCGCUUGUAGAUGUGCCCGUCGCCGAGGUUCUCCUCGAAAGAGGUGCUUCAGUCACGGCACGGGACAAUCAAAAGAAGAAUGCCCUUCAUCAUUUAUGUUCCCAUUUUUGCUUCAUGACAGAUCGUGUCUAUGGGGAUAUCGGAACAAAGGAUAUGGCUAAACAGAGGGAAUUCCUCACCCGCCUCAUACAGCUGGCUCCUGAUCUUCUGUUCCAAGUGGACAAACAUGGCAGAACCCCUCUUCUAUGUGCGCUUGGACAAGCAGGCCGGGGGCGUGACCUUGGUGAAGGCAUCGAUGCCCUCCUGGAGCAUGGCGCUGAUGUCACAGCCCCGAAUACAGAGUCAGGCGAAACACCUUUGCACCUCCUGUUCGGAGGCCGGUGGCAGAUUGACGCCAAGAGAGGCGACGACGUAGCUGCUGUGUGUGGAAGAAGACAGGAGCUAUUACACAAGUUCCUUGCUCGUGGAGCCGAUAUCAACGCAAAAGACCGGGCAGGCGAGACACCAGCCUUCCGGUUCAUGCGCAAAGGCAUCGUGAAGGUCAAAGUACCCGGAAGCCAGGUUGAUCGAUCACUACGUGGCGAGGCUUAUUUCGCCGCCGAAGAUCUGAUAGAUAAGAGGAAGGGUGAGGCUGCUGUGAGAUUGCAGGGCCUUGUCCUGGACCUGUUUAGCCAAGUUGGCGUGGACUGGACUCACCUGAGCACCCGGGGACAAUCUUUGCUCCAUGUUGCGGCAGGCCGAGGUGAGGAUGCGAGGUAUCAUGAGGGGGGAGGCUUGGGAAGGUUCCGUUAUCUGAUGGGCAAAGGGCUGGAUGUCCUGGCCGAGGAUGAUCAACACCGAUCCGCGCUGGAUUUCGCAGCGGCCAGCGGAGCUGAGGAUAUCUUAGAAUAUGUGCGAAGGGAGCACGGAUAUGGUUCUGAAUAUUCUUAA